CGCACCGGCUAUCCAUUUGGUGAAUCUUGCUCAAACGACUGUUAUAUAUAUCAAACAACAGGUAAAAAACCGAGUGUUAAGCGAAUAGAGGCUACUGGUGAUGCACCAUUUCCGCAAUAUGGGCCGGGAAUAGUUUUACACGAACAUUAUUUAUAUACGGUUGGGGGAACAACUGGCUAUGAUUACUCUUGUGAUGUGCAUCGCUUAAAUUUGUGCACACGAGUGUGGGAAUGCGUAUAUAUCUGUCGUCCAGAUAUACGCGAAGAUCCAGAGGGUCGUUAUCGUCACGAAGUUGUCUACGAUGGGCAAUACAUAUAUGUGCUGGGUGGUGGUACAUCGAAUUUAGUGUAUGAUUUACAACGCAUCCCUGCAUUUAAUUUAAUUACAAACCGAUGGGAAUAUUUCGUCACAUUACCCGAUCGAACAUCACAAACAAAUCUAACAAUCGAGCGACAAAAUUCCGGAUAUCCAAACCCACGAAAGUGCUUUUCCUGCGUACAGCACACGAAAUCGAAUGGUGAGGUCGAAGCAUUCAUUACGGGAGGCUUGCAGGCCGAUCAAGUAUAUUUUUCAGAUAUAUGGAGAUUAAAUUUUACUACUAAGCAAUGGACACUUAUAAAAACAGCCUCUCUAUACUUCCAUGCCGCAGCGCACAGUCAAAAUGGUUGUAUGUACAUAUUCGGUGGUAUUGAAUAUGAUGAAAAACGUAUACGACGGUGCAGUGACCUUUAUAAAAUGUGGAUGACCAUACCAUUAUUAAGUGAAAUUUGCUGGGAGGCAGUGUUACAUUACAGACCAAAUCUCAAAUUGAAUGGCCACUCACAGCUGCUUAAAAUGGGCAUACCAUUGCGCUUUGCACAGAGAUUGUGGCAUUCUUCAAAAGCCAAAUGAUUAUACAAUAAAUGAAGAGAUAUAUGGUAUGGUAUGUCAUGUAACGAGCAAUAAGAAGCGACAAUUUUUAUGUUUCAUUCUAGACAUAAAAGCAUAAUUAUUGUUUGCUAACCAUUUAGGAAUGACAUAGUUUCAUAUGGAAGAAAUGGAACCAAAAGAAUAAACAUAAUAAAAUAAGACAUUAAUAAUGAGUAAAAAUGAAAAAAGCUAAUUAAUAUGAAAAUAAGAGUAAUUAUUUUUAUACGCUACAUAUGUGUACGAGCAGUUGUGGCGAUUUUUUUUACAAUAUGGUUCAUACACUGUCAAUGGAUUAACGAUAU